AUGUCUGUUCUGGUAAAUGGGUCACCCUCCAAGCCAUUUAACAUGGAGAGAGGCCUCCGACAAGAGGAUCCUCUUUCUCCAUUUCUGUUUGUGUUAGUGGUCGAUGUGUUGCAUCGGAUGGUGGGAGAAGCUGUCAGGAACGGGCGCAUUGAACCGUUAUUGGUCGGAGGAGAGCAUAUCGAAUUGUCUCACUUACAAUUUGCAGAUGAUACGAUAUUGUUUUGCCCCCCGGUUACAGAGACAGAAUGGAUAGAUGAUACGUGUGGGUCGCUGGGGUGCAAGCAAGCGGUUUUACCUGUUAGGUACCUCGGGAUUUCCUUGGGUGCGAAUCUGCGUAUGGUGAAGAUUUGGAAACCGAUCGUAGAUAAGGUGGAAGAGAAACUCAGCCUGUGGAAAGCAAAUGUUCUAACCAAAGUGGACAAGCUUGUUCUCAUCAAAUCAGUGCUGAAUAGCCUACCGAUAUACUACCUAAGUCUGUACAAGAUGGCAAAGGCGGUUGCGGAUAAGCUUAUUGCAUUGCAGAGGCGAUUUAUGUGGUGUAAGGGGGAUGGUAAUGAUGGCAUCCCGUUAGUUAAGUGGGAGUUGGUUCAGGCACCGAAAAAGGCUGGGGGAUUAGGGGUUGGGGAUGCAGUGCUUUGGAACACAGCGCUCUUGUUUAAGUGGUGGUGA